AUGUCUAACCCCCAGAUCACGUUCCGCCAAACAACAUUCACGGCCCCGUCCCUCCUCCUCACCCGCCGCCGUACCGUCUCCCGCACCACCGUUCAUGCCCAGCUCGACCAGCUCCGCGACAACGGCCAGUACGACUGCUUCAAGCUCGGAUGGCACCCCAUAUACGACGAUAAGUCGCGCUGGCCUGCGCCCCUACACCUGUUCUGGGACAGCGACGUCGCCAAGUGGAUUGAGGGCGCCUGUUAUUUCCUGGCCGACGAGUAUGACGUGGAAGUCGACGCUGCUGUGCGUGAGCUGGUCAACAUGAUCCGGGCUGCGCAGCACGAGGACGGGUAUCUCAACGUUCAUUUUUCCGUUGUCGAGCCAGGGAAGCGAUGGACCAAUAUCCGCGAUAUGCAUGAGAUGUAUAAUGCCGGGCAUCUGAUUGAAGCGGCCCUUGCACACUCGCAGUAUUACAGAAACGACCUCCUCAUGGAGCCAAUCGAGAAGUACAUCGCCCAUAUGUGCCGACGCUUCGGUCCGGGAGACGGUCAGCUGCGGGCAUACCCAGGACACCCCGAGAUCGAGCUCGCCCUCCUGAGAUUCUACUCGGUAACAGGCUCCCAAGAUGCAUACGACCUCGCCCGCUUCUUUCUCGAAGAGCGCGGGAACCCCACGGGCCAGGACGGUAAGCACUUUUACGAUUGGGAGAUGGAACAGCGUGACGAGCCGCGCUGGAAACGGCCCAACUCCUUCCCGAUGGACAGGUCCUACUGGUACUGCCAGGCCCACGCGCCCAUCCUCGAACAGCCUACCGUCGAAGGCCACGCCGUCCGCGUCGUGUACCUCCUCACCGCCGCCGCCGACCUGCUGAACCUCUCCCAUACAAGCACCCCAUCGGCACAACUUCAACCCCUGGCCGCCGCUCCCGACUGGCUCGCUGCCCUCCGCCGUCUUUGGUCCAACAUGGUUGACAAGAAGAUGUACCUCACUGGCGGUGUCGGCGCCAUGGCGCAAUGGGAGGGGUUUGGCAUCGACUAUUUCCUCCCGCAAGGCCCAGACGAGGGGGGCUGCUACGCCGAGACGUGCGCUUCCGUGGGCGUAAUGAUGCUUGCCGAGCGGCUGUUACACGCGGACCCGGAGCUGGACGGGCGGUACGCCGACGUCAUGGAGUUGUGUCUAUAUAACAACGUCAUGACCGCCAUGAGCCUCGACGGGAGGGCGUUUACCUAUGAGAACCAGCUUGCGAGCUGUGAGAGCGCGAGGAGCGAGAGGGAGGGCUGGUUUGGGUGUGCGUGUUGUCCACCGAAUGUGACGCGGCUGUUUGGAAGCUUGGGUGGGUACCUCUGGGAUUACGGAGGUAAGGAAGGGGAGGCGUGGGUGAACGUUCAUCUGUAUACAAGCGCCGAGGUAAAUUUCCCCGUGGACGGGACCGAUGUGACGCUCUCACAGAAGUCGAACUGGCCGUGGGAGGGCAAUAUCCUGUUCCAGCUCAAGGGCGCAGAAAGCCUCGAAGCGACGAUCCGACUCCGUAUCCCGGCCUGGGCUAAGGGCGACUUCGUCAUCACGCCUACACCUCCUCCCGGGACGUCCACGUUGGAACGGGGAUACCUCCACCUCAGUCCGGCGUACAUCGCAGCCAACCCUGUCUUCUCGCUUGAUAUCCACGGCUUCGCGCCGCGGUAUAUUGCGCCUCACCCUUAUACAAACCAGCGGACGCUAAGUCUUGCGCGUGGGCCGAUUGUGUACUGCGUCGAGGACGCCGAUCACCCCUGGGAAAACAAUCAUUUCAAGGACAUUGGAAUGAAGAGAGAGGGAAAGGUGGGGGAAGAGUGGAGGGUCGACCGUGUGAGCGGAGAGGAGUAUUUUGCGCUGAGGACAGUUGGAUGGGAAAGGCCGCCGGAAGCUUUGGAGAAAGGCAAAGAAGGGGUAAAGAGAGAUCUUGUGUUUGUACCGUUCUAUUUCAGGGCAAAUAGGGGCGGUAAGGGGCAGAUGAGGGUUGGGCUUAGGGAUGAUGGAAUAUAA